CCCAUGCCCAACCCAUUAUCAAUGGGUCUACUUGGGUUUGGGUAUAAUUACCCAUGGGUGGGUAAUUUGCCAUCCUAAUCGUAAGAGCUCUAUGUUAUACCAACGUGAAUUAUAGUAGCCAUGCACGCCCACCUAAUUGAGUAGUCCACCACAUAAUGCCAAAUCCUGUCGUAAGUAAAUCAAUCAUCAAUCCCACAUUAGUGGUUUGAUUCUCCGGCUCUUGUCUCAACAGCCCACGGGAAAAAAGGCAAGUUGAUUAUUACCGGCGACAACGCCAAAUCGAAUUCUGGGACCCAAGCUUUGUAACAGAGCAGUAUAUAUUUACAUUUAAGAUUAGUCGCAACUCUCUGAUUGUUUUCGACAUCAAGCUAGCCUUUCAUUGUACUCCAGCAUGUUUGGCUUAAUCUUCGAUCGGCUGACUUACAUAUAGUAGUUCAAAGAAAACUUCAAAAACUCGUUGAACCUUCCCCAGGAUUCUUGUGCUUCCCUGACGCUUAACUUAAUGUCUCCUGGUUGGCGCAUAGAGUUGGGGUUCUCAUACUCUUGCUUCCUCCCUUAGUAGACCCUAGCAACCAUUCUACAUAUCCUUUAUCCUUUCUCCGUAGCCCAAUGAAUGCCCUUUGCCUUAAUCUCGUAGUCGACGUCCUAAGCAUCAUAAAUAAAAUGUGUCUUAUUUAUGCGUAUGCUAAUCAAACACUCCUACGGGCAUCCUAGCAUGCCGCAACCACUUAAAGUGGAGCACCUCUUGUGUUUGGACUCUAGAACUACUAAUGGGCGAGACUUGAUGUUUUGAAAUCUCGUACUCUUACAUAAAACUUUGGCCAAAUUCACUUGCAUAGUCAAAAUUUUGAUGGUUGUGACAAAUAUAGCCAAUUUUGGGGAAAUACCAGAAAUAGUCAGAGUUUUGAAAGUUCGAUGACAAAUAUAGUCAUUUCCGUUACAUAGUUUGACGGCGUCAAUGGCACCGUUAAUCUAUUUAACGGACAGUUGAUGUGGCUGCCACCUCACGUAUCUUUCCUUCCCACCUCAGCAUCCAUUGAUAGGUGGGAUGCCACGUCACAUUAAAAAUUUAAUUUUUUAACAAAUUAUUUUUAAAAAAAUUUUAUUUCAUAUUCUUUCCCCUGACUUCAUCUUCACCAACAAAACAUCUCUCCCACUCCUCCGUCUCUUUUUCCCCUCUGGUCCAACCUCUCUCUGUAUCUAUCUCACCCUUUCAUUCACCCUAGCCCUCUAACCAUCAUCUUCAACCUCCGACCAGUAAAUCGAGAAAAUGAUGCCUCCUCAAAAUGACCAAAUUCAAAACUUGGAAUCCAACCCUAGGAUCUCGCCGAUAGAAUCGAUUCCACUCUGCGUCCUCUCUCGGCUCUACCCAUCUUCUUCCUCCUCUGUUGCAACUAGCGGAGAAGAAGAACAGAUUUUAUGGGCGAACUUGACUCACCGUCUCUUUCCUCUUGAUCCGUCCACGCUUGAUUCCAUUCUCAACCCCUGCGGCAGCCACAAGCUUAAAGUUGCAGGUGCAACCGCCGUGCCACCGACGAUGAACAGAUCUCGUCCCGACGGCGAGGUUCCUGUAGCCGAGCGGCUGGCGGGGAUCUACUGGCGCUCGAUUCUCCUUCGUUGGUGGUGAGGAUGAUGAAGUGGUGUGCGAAGAGGUGACAGCGGCGGGGAUUUGUGGAGGUUUGGUGGCGGCGGGAAUAGGGGAUUAGGGAUUUAAUCUCAGUUGUAUGCCUUCUCCAUUCCGCCCAAAAGAAGACGAUCCCUUCGUAGAGUUAUUGUUCGACACCAACACCCUAGAUCCACCUCCCAGUGGAGGAGAACCGAAAGAGAAUCGAGUAUUAGAAGACAUCGGAGGAAAAACGAAAGCUAAACGGAGGCUCCUUCUCUUCUGUCAGCACCGCCACUUGAGUCGACGAUUCCAAUUUUGCUGGCAAAAGGAUCGCCGCCACCAACCGUCGUGGAAAGCUUCUUCAAGAAGUGGAAGGUUUCAAAAUGGGUAGGGAUUGAUUUUCAAUUAUAUUUUUAUUUGGGUUAGGAAGUUGUGGAGGGUUGAGCACUUAAUUGUUUGUUGUUUGGAUUAUGGAAGGCUUCAAUCCUAGUGAUUGCAGAAGAGGAAGCUUCUGAUAGGAAGUAUUGUUGAAGAUGAACAGGCGGUGGUGGUGGGGAGAGAGAAAGACAUUUAUUUUCGAAUCCCAAUAUCUCACUUACAAAAUGCAGACAGAGGGAAACAAGGCUCUGAUACCAAAAUGUAAUACCAUAACCCGGUCGGGCACUACUUUUACCAAAAUACCCUCGUUAAACCGUCAACCACAAUGAGAACCAAAAAGAGUGGGGAAAUUAGCGGGAAACUUUAUUUAAAAAUCCAUGAUAAAAUAGUUUGAAAUUCAAAUAAAAAAUUCUUGAAAUUGGCAUAAGCAGAAGUCAUAAACAUCUUUAAUAAACGCGCAUCAAGUCUCGAGUCCUACUAAAUGUACGAGAUUCGAAUCUUCGUACUGGAAUCCUCUAAGGUCAUUGAUCCUUGUCACGAACGGCUAUUUUUGAGCAUACUCCAAAGCUUCUACCCUUCUUAAAUGCGAGUGAUGGGGUCAGUCCUAAACCUAAUUUCGUUAUCAUACACUAACACACAAUCAUGCACGUGUAAUGCUUAUGGUACGUUAUUGAGUACACUAGUAGAAGUAUAUUAUUAUUAACAUAUUCUUACUUAUCGCAUUUACUUCUUACUUAACUUGAAAUGGCAUACCGCUCUCGACUUAACUAGCACAACCGUCUGGCACCAACAUAUCAUGAACAUAUCCUCCUCAUCUACAAAGAGUAACAUAACAUACCUCCACAUCUACAGUGAGUAGUGGUGUCCGGCACCGAUUAUGACAUACAUAUCAUGACCCCUCAUCUACAAGGUGCUCCUCAUCUAUAAGGAGUAAGGUGAUCUUGUGUGACUAGUUAAGGGAUGGUUCUUAUUCUUGCUUAUUAACUUGAUAUCUUAUACGUGCUUGCUUGGAACAACCUCUCACAGGAUGGAGAGACAUACUUAAUCUUGUUCUUGCUUACUUUACUUGAGAAGUUUGAGCUUACUUAGGUGAUUUCCCGCACAAUGAGAAGAUAUAUAUGUUUAUCAACUUGCACUUGGUUAGCUUAGAAUUGGACUUGUAUUUUCUUGACUGGUAGCGUAGUUUACCUAUGCUUCAUGAUGCUAUGCAUACUUAACGUAAAGACUGAACGUAAACAAAUCAACUUAAUAUGAAAGCAUAUAACGAAUGACUGAACAUAAAACAAGAACUGUAAUGCAUAACAUGAACUUAAAUGCAUACACUGAUAACGAAAACUACUCUAGCCACCUUUAACCACGCACCUUAAUUCUCAAAUGACUGAUUUUGUCGGAUAUCCUGAUUGACUAUGAUCCAGCCGCCAACACUUUUAUGUUAUGUUACUCCUCGUAGAUGAGGCGGUUAUGUUCACAAUACGUUGGUGUCGGACGGUUGUGCUAGUUAAGUUGAGGGUGGUAUCCCAUUUGAAGUUAAGUUAGGAGAAAAGAUUAUAAGUGAGACUAUGUCAAUAAUAAUAUACUCCUACUAAUUUACCCAAUAAUGUAUCAUAGGCAUC